AUGGACACAACCUCCCCUGCUGUCAGUGCUUUGGGUCGCAGUGUAACUCCAACUAUAAACUAUGUACCAAGCUCAGGCCCAACAUCCUUCUACGCAUACUACGACUACCCUGAAGAGGACGUUGGGAGGUGUCUGUACGAGCGUCAUGGAGCCAAUUUCCUUCCUGUCCUUUACAUUAUUUUCUUCCUCAUUGGCCUGUUCGGAAACUCUCUGGUCAUCUGGGUCAUCGCCUGCGGGGUGCGUCUCCGCAGUAUGACCGACGUAUGCCUCCUGAACUUGGCCAUCGCUGACCUGCUCUUGGUGUGCUCUCUUCCCUUCCUCGCCCACCAGGCCCGCGACCAGUGGCAUUUCGGAGACACAAUGUGCAAAGUGAUCCUGGGCAUUUAUCAUAUUGUUUUUUACUGUGGGAUCUUCUUCAUCAGCCUGAUGAGCAUCGACAGGUACUUGGCAAUAGUUCACGCUGUUUACGCCAUGAGAGCACGGACGCGGUCAUUCGGACUGGGUGCAGCUGCUGUUACAUGGGUGGCUGGAUUUCUGGCUUCGUUCCCUGAUCUGACCUUUCUCAAACUGCAGCCUGGUGCUAACAUGACACAGUUCUGCUUUCCUGCAUAUCCCCUUUCUGCCUUGAGUGAUACCAACUCCCACUUCUGGAGGGUCUUUAGCCUUUUCAAAAUUAACAUUUUGGGUCUGCUCAUUCCAGUCCUCAUCAUGGGGUUCUGCUACUCUCAGAUUGUGUGGAGGCUGCUGCACAGCCAGUCGUCCAAGAAACAGGCCAUCCGGUUAGUUCUCGCAGUGGUGGUGGUUUUCCUCUGCUGCUGGCUCCCCUACAACGUUGCAUCAUUCUUCAAAGCACUGGAGCUCCUGCAUGUCUACACAGAAUGUGGAAGCAGCAAAGCCAUCAGGUUGACUUUAGAAGUCACAGAGGCCAUUGCCUACGCUCACAGCUGCCUCAACCCCAUCCUGUACGUGUUUGUCGGGACGAAGUUCAGGAGGCACCUGGUGAGGCUGAUAAACAGGGCUCCCUGCAGACUGUGUCAGGUGAUCAAGGUCUACAUCCCUCAGAACAGAAAUACCGGCUCAAUGUACUCACAAACCUCCAGUCUGGACGAGAGGAGCACCGCUGUGUAAAGUACUUAUUUACAGUUUGUACAGGACUGAAGGUCACUUUGUGGAGGUCAUUUAGAUUUGGGUAAACAACAGGGGAAGAUUUUGGCACUUUAGGUUUGAGAAUGUGUUUUAUUUAGUCAGUGGUGUAUUAUAGGAAAGCACAUAUGACCUUU